AUGAUUGCCAAGCAGGUUACUGAGUUCGGCAAGGUAUGCUUUUACCUCAGUCUGACCCCGACUAUUCUGGCCAUUGAGGGCGUUCGCUGGGCUCUCACCUUCAAUACUGAGAUCAGGCUGGCGGUUGCCGCCACUUGUGCUCCCGUGGAGAGCAAGCCUGCCAGUAUCACCAGCACAAAAACAAACGCGGAGAGGAUUCAGCAGCUGGAGAAGGACCUCGCUGGCAAUAACGCGCAGUUUGAGAAGACCCGCGCGGAAGACAAGACUCUCGCUGACAAAAACGCGCGCAUCGAACAACUUGGUCGGGGCCUCGUGCAGGCAACCUCCGCAAUGGAGCAGGCGCGCACCGAUGCUGAGGCCGCGCGCGCAGACGCAGUUGCGCGAAUCCAGCAGCUCGAGUUGAUCAUUGAGAAGUCGGGUGCCGUGCUUGGGGUAACCCUUGCCAACAGUAAUGUGGGAAUUGGGCAGCUUGAGCGGAUCGUUGAGCAUUCGGCUGGCGUGUUUGGACAGACCCUCGCCAACACUGACGCAAAAAUCAAGCAGCUCGAGCAGGGCUUCGAGCAGGCAGCUGCCGUGAUCGUACCUGGCCUUCAUGACGACAAGGCACUGAUUGAACAGCUUGAGCGCGGCGCUGAGCAGUCAGUCGCUACAAACAAGAAAGCCCAUGCCGGCGACAACACGCGGAUUACUACUGCAAUUAAGCAGACCUGCCAUUGCGCAGCCGAGUCCAAAGCCGAGCGUGCUGACCACGUCAGUCGAAUUGAACAGCUCGAGGGUAGUGCUGAGCAGGCAGCCGCUACAACCGAGCAGGUCUGCGCCAACUACAAGGUCGCGCAUACCGCCCAGGACAGUGAGUUGGUGAAAGAAAACUUGUACUUGCACCGCGACUUGGCCGUCCUCAAAUCCAAGCUGGAUGGUGCCGAGGACAGGCUGUAUAUUCAGUGCGAGCACUUCAAGGGACUGCGUGCUGAGCUUUGCAAGGCCAAUGGUGAGCUGGAUGUGGUCCACACAAACAAUGAAGCCCAGCAGAAGCUUGCCACUGAGCUGUGCGACAAGGUCCAACUGCCCCCUGCAGAGAACAGCAAGAAUUUCCCCCAUAGCGAGUCAGCCGCCGCUAAUAGCAUGCUGCAUGACCGACACAAGAGCACCGAUGUCUUGGACGCCGAGCUUUGCAAGGUCGAAUGCGAGCUGGAUAUGGGUUGUAAGAAUUUUGUUGCUCACCAGCGACGCCUUGCCAAGCUGCGCGCCAUGGUAGACCCGGGACUCGCAGUGAGCGACAAGCGUAUCCCGCAAGCCAACCUGGGCGGCGUUAAGAACAUGUUGGAUAGCCAGUGCCAGAACGCCAAGGCUCUGUGCGCAGAAAUUCGCAAGGCCAAGAGCGAGCUAAAGAUAGCUUGUGCAGGCGCUAAAACGCAGCGGAAGUUUGUCGCUGAGCUGCGUGAAAAAUUGAGGAUGCCCAACAAGCGCCAAGUCACAUCUGCUGGCAGGUGAUGCGCCGCGCGGGCACUUCAAGACGAUCCGCACCUUGCUAGCCAAAGUGGCGGGCAUCUCUCGCACCAAAAUUUCUAGCUAUAUUGACCUGGAGGCCACUUUGGUGCUAGUGCAGGUAAUUGCCGACUUGCUCAGCGAGCCGGGUGACUGCGACAGCCGCACCCCAGACAGCCAGUUUUAAAGCGAACAGGAUGCUUGCUUCAAAACGCGUACCUGUCCGUCAAUUCAAUCGACAAUAUUGAAUGUGUACUAUAAUCAUUGCCGCGGUUGGCACAUUACGGCCAACGCGACUCUGGGCUGGCGGAAUCAGCUCAGCAUCAUUUUAUUAUAUCAUUUUUCAUUACUCCUCAUUUUCUUUCUCGUGUAUCUCGAUUCUUUAACUUAG